GGGCUCCGCGGUGGCCCCGCCCUUCCUGAGCGCCGGCGCGCCUUGGCGGGAAUUUCGCCUGUUUGGGAUUUAGACCCCACGGACUCGCUAGUUGUGGUCCGGACUGCUGAGGGCGGAUCUCGGGGACUGAAAGCGUGAGCAGGAAUCUCGUCACAACUUCUUUGGAGCCUUGAUGAUAAUCAUAAUGAACCCCACAAAUUUCAGGACAUGAAGUAAGCAAUGGAUAGCUGUUCUGCUGCAUCAACAUUCCUGACCGACAGCUUGGAACUAGAACUGGAGAGAGAAUGGUGCAACCCCCCUUGCUUUUCUUGUGAUUUUGACAACAGAGGAGGAGGAAGGCAUUUUUCUGGAGAGUCCUACCUUUCCAGCGGAGCCCUUAAGCGGCUAAUUUUGAAUCUCGAUCCUUUACCAACUAAUUUUGAAGAGGAUACAGUGGAAAUAUUUGGCAUUCAGUGGGUUACCGAAACAGCAUUAGUGAAUUCAUCUAGAGUUCUCUUUCAUCUAUUCAGGCAACAGCUAUACAACUUGGAAACCUUAUUACAUGCCAACUGUGAUUUUGGGAAGAUAUCAACCCUGCAUUGCAAAGCAGCCAAUAUUAGGCAGCAGUGUGUGACAUUUCUUCAUUAUGUUAAAGUCUUCAUCUUCAGGUCCCUGAAAGUGCAAAAUGCUGAAAGUCAUGUUUCUGUCCAUCCCUACGAGGCUUUGGAGGCACAACUUCCCUCAGUGUUGGUUGAUGAGCUUCAUGGAUUACUCUUGUAUAUCGGACACCUAUCAGAAUUUCCCAGUAUUAAUGCAGGCGCAUUUGUAAAUCAAAACCAGACUAAGCUUUUUCCACCAUCGUGGCAUUUAUUACAUCUCCACUUAGAUAUCCAUUGGCUGGUGCUGGAAAUUCUUCACAUGCUUGGUGAAAAAUCAAAACAAGUUGUAUAUAGUCAUCAAUUUAUGAAUCUCACGGGUGACAAUUUAACCAAUGUCAGCCUAUUUGAAGAACAUUGUGAAAAUCUUCUUUAUAAUUUAAUAAGCCUGUCCCUGAACAGGUAUGACAAGGUAAGGCCUUCUGAAGCAUUAAUGAGUCACCAUUGCGCAUGUCCAUGCAUUAAGGAGUUAUGGAUACUAUUCAUUCAUCUUCUCGACCACAGAAGUAAAUGGUCUCACUCAGAAUCAUUUUGGCACUGGUUAAAUAAACUACUUAAAACAGUCUUUGAAAAAUCAAAUGACCAAAGAAGACCUUCUGUGCCUCUAAUUCAGCCCAGGGAUCCAUUGGGUUUUACUUGGUGGAUUAUUACUCAUGUAGCAUCAUUUUACCGGUUUGAUCGCCAUGGGGCACCAGAUGAAAUGAGACAAAUGGAAUCAAAUUGGAACUUUGUAGAAGAACUGCUGAAAAAGUCCAUCAAUGUUCAGUUUAUUUUUCAGGAUGGUGUACUAGAAGAGCAGUUACGAAUGUAUCUCCACUGUUGUUUGACCCUUUGUGAUUUCUGGGAGCCAAACAUUGCUAUUGUCACCAUUCUAUGGGAAUAUUACAGUAAGAACCUGAAUAGUUCUUUCAGUAUUUCUUGGCUUCCUUUGAAAGGCCUUGCGUACAUCGUUAAGUCACCUUUGUCUAUGCUAGAAAUGGUGAAGACCUGCUGUUGUGAUAAACAAGAUCAUGACCUGUAUAAAUCCAGCAGUAGUUAUACUAUUUUCCUUUGCAUUUUGGCAAAAGUUGUUAAGAAAGCAAUGAAGAGCAAUGGCCUUCAUCCUUGGAAACAAGUCAAAGGAAGAAUAUAUUCUAAGUUCCAUCAGAAAAGAAUGGAAGAACUAACUGAAGUUGGUCUGCAGAACUUUUUCAGCCUUUUUCUACUAUUAGCAGCUGUGGCAGAAGUGGAAGAUGUAGCAAGUCAUGUUCUAGGCCUCCUAAAUUUCCUCAAGCCUGCCUUUAUGACAUCUCCUCUGAUUUGGAAGGGUCAGAUGGCCUUCCUCUUGAUGUAUACCCAGAAAAAUCUGGACAUCAGUGUUUUGGCUGAGAAAUUUUCAGGUGCUUUCCGGGAGAAAGCAAAGGAGUUCUUGGUAUCUAAGAAUGAUGACAUGGGACAAAGACAGACUCUCUGGACACUUCUUUCCAUAUAUAUUGAUGGUGUUCAGGAAGUGUUCGAGACUAGCCAUUGCUUGCAUCCUUCCCAUGAAAAACUGCUUAAUGAUGGGUUUAGUAUGCUUCUGCGAGCUUGUCAAGAAUCUGAACUUAGGACCCUAUUGGGCUUUCUACAAGCUCUUCUGGCACGAAUCAGUGUGGCAAACAAAAUGCAUGAAAAAAGUCUGGAAACCUUAAUUAAGGAAAAGAGCUCAACUACUGAGGUUAAUAACCAGUUGUCAUUUUGCCUGAUGAUCUCUUGGAGUAUGCAUCAACAAUUGUGUCAGGAACUUCAAAGGGAGAACUCGGACCUAGUUGUGCAGUCUUCAUUAGCGGCUAAAGAGCGCCACCUUGCUGCAGUUGCCAGUACAUUAUGGAGACAUUUCUUUUCAUUUUUGAAGAGUCAGAGAAUGUCACAGAUAGUGCCUCUCUCACAACUUGCGGAUGCAGCUGCAGAUUUUACUUUGCUGGCAGUGGACUUGCCCAGCACAGCUCCAUCAGAUCUUCAGCCUCAACCUGUCCUAUCACUGAUACAGCUUUUUGGUUGGGAUGAUAUCAUCUGGCCCCAAGUUGUAGCCCGAUAUUUAAGUCAUGUCCUACAAAAUAGCAUGUUAUGUGAAGCACUUUCUCAUUCAGGCUGUGUAUCUUUUCAAGCCUUAACUGUAAGAUCAUGGAUCCGUUGCACUUUGCAAAUGUAUAUAAAAAACCUUUAUGUGCCAGAUGAUUCAUUUAUUGAUACAAAUCCAGAACAGGCAGUUGAAAAAGACUACAUGGAACAGUUGACUGAACUGACAAGAUUGCUAUUUAAACUCCCAGAAGUAAAGGAUAUUCUCUCAAAGGCUCAAGUUGAAUAUUUACUCAUCCCAGAAGACCCUAAAAAAGCACUUGUUCGGUUCCUUGAGGCUGUUGGUAUAACUUAUGGGAAUCUGCAGACACUUUCUGAUAAAUCUGCCAUGGUCACAAAGUCCUUAGAAUACCUUGGUGAAAUAUUAAAAUAUAUAAAACCUUAUUUGGGAAAAAAAAUUUCCAGUGCAGGGCUGCAGCUGACUUACAUGAUGAUGGGAGUUCUUGUUAAAUCAUGGGCACAAAUUUUUGCCACCUCUAAAGCCCAAAAAUUACUAUUCCGGAUCAUAGACUGUUUACUGCUGCCACAUACAGUGUUACAGCAAGAGAAGGAGCUACCUGCACCUAUGUUGACUGCGAUUCAGAAGAGUCUUCCUUUGUAUCUCCAGGGCAUGUGUGUCGUGUGUUGUCAGUCUCAAAAUCCGAAUACAUAUUUGAGCCAAUUGCUAGGGAAUGUUAUUGAGCUCUAUAUUGGGCGGUUUCUUCCAACUUCACCACAUGGUUUAGGUGUUGGACAACAUCCUGUUCUGUUGGCAUUGAGAAACUCAGCCACUGUUCCACUGAUGUCAUCUCUAAAGAAAUGUAUUCUCCAAGUCAUAAGGAAGUCCUACUUUGACUUUAAAGGGUCCUUGCUCCCUCCUCGCUUAGCAUCCGUUCUGGCCUUCAUCCUCCAACUUGUUAAGGAAACUAACAUCGAUGUGUCUGAGAUUGAACUCCUCCUCCCUGGAGUGUUAAAAUGCCUGGUGUUGGUCAGUGAACCUCAAGUUAAAAGGCUGGCCACCGAGAACCUGCAAUACAUGGUAAAAUCCUGCCAAGUGGGGUCAGGAGGAGAACCUGCCGCCCAGCUGACUUCAGUGUUUAGGCAAUUUAUUGAGGAUUAUGGUAUGAGAUAUAAUUAUCAGAUUUACAGCAUUUUAGAAACAGUAGCAGCACUGGACCAGCAGGUUGUAAUCAACUUGAUUUCUACCCUUACUCAGUCUCUGAAGAGUUCAGAGCGGAAAUGGGGCCUUGGCAGAAAUAUUGCCCAGAGGGAAGCCUAUAGUAAACUUUUAUCUCACCUAGGACAAGUGGGACAGGAUGAGAUACAGAGACUGGAAAAUGAUAAUACUGAAUCGAUUUUGUGAUUCGUUCUCUAUAUUAACUAUAACCACCUAAAGCCACUUUGCACCAUCUGACUCCUACUUUUAAUUAAUUGUAUAAUGUUCUGUUAAAAAUACCUUCUAGGAUUUUAUCUUUAAAUAACUGUAAGUAUAAAGUAUAUAAAUAAGGAAAUAAAAGUUAAAUAUGCUGUAGGACAUUUGGAACUGGGUAAAACUGCAUUCUAUUUUGAAGAGCUUUUAGUUAAACUAAAGAAACUUAACUGGGAGUGUUAUCUGUAUAUAUCUGUUAAGCAAGUUUGUACUGGUUGAUCCAUGGAUAUUUUACCAUAAUAUGACUUUUCUGCCUUGUGAGUAAUUUGUUUCUGUGUUUUUUGUUGUUGUUGUUUUUUGCAUGUUUUUAUUAUGAUACUAUUUCAAAUUACCUGGCUGCCUAAUGCUGGUUUUUUUUUUGGAGGGGUGGUCAGGAGCUAGGACUAUAUGUUUGUUAUCCUCUUUUAUACUCUGCAUGAGGCAAAUUAAUAAAACCCUUACAAAGCACACUUUGUGAGGAAUGAGACUGAAUCUGGCUCAAUGAUUAUACAGAUAAUACAAACAUUUUAUUUAAAUUUAGGCCAACAGCGUUUAUGCUUAGGUUCCAACAGUUGCCAGAUGUUUUUGUCUACUCACCCUUUCUUUUAGACAAUGUCAUUAAAAAACAUAUCAGGAGGAGGGUAAAUAAGAGUCUUUAUGAAAAGAGAAUAACUAAUAUUCUGGAAAAUUUUAAGAUGACAGAUUAAUCUCAUUGCUCUUACAUGUUUAUGGGUAACCAGUUUAGUUUCCUGUAGCAGCUUAUCUCUCAAUCCUUUUAACUAUCUCAUUCAGAUUUGUUUUACCAGUUGGGCUUUUGUCCUUGACUCCUUUUUCUAGUGAGCAUUAUUUGAGCCUGUAUUUCAUGCACGAAGAUAAAGAACACCUUUCAGUUGUGCUCCUCUUGGUGUGUCCAGAAUGAAUGAUCCUACUUCUUUUCAGUGUUUUCUUACAUAUUGUUUUCUUCUUGGGCCUCUGGUGUUUAUCAUGGUUUUACAUUUCAACCCCCUUCUGGCUCAGGAAGUUAUCUUUUAAAAUCAGAUGCACAGCAAUCAGGAAACUAUGGUUAAUAGCCCUUUCCUAAUUGUUAUCUGUGUAAAGGACUUUAUGACAUAUAAAUGGUCUAAUCCUUGCCCCCCAGAUCAACUGUCUUUACUUAAAACAAAUGGGAUGAAUAAAAGCCUCUCUAAGAUUACUUAAGACUUCGUAGCAGUGAGUCUUUUCAUUAUAAUUGUUUCUUGUUAUACUAAUGAUGUAUUAUUACUUUGCAGAUUUUAGCAAUUGAAAUUUAAAUUAUUUAAUGGGAUGCCUUUAAAGAGCUUAUUUGUGUAUGUGUGUAUAUGUGUAUUUAUAUAUUCCCCACCCCAAGAUAUAAAGAUACGUUGGAGAAUCUUGCUCCUUAAUGUAUGAAGCUUAAGGGUUAAGAAAAUCUGCUGCUGAAUCAUGCAUUAGGGUGUAUCUCUAGAUGCUAAGAAUAACUAAAGCUUAUCCAUAAAAAAUCAUUAAGAAGAGAAAGUCUGUAACAAUAUGUGUAUAAAUAUGUAUAUAGGUAUUUUUAAAAGUGUGUUUCAGUAAAAUUUUAAAGAAAGUUUUAUUAGUUGAAGGAAAAAUUUGUGACUCAGUUCCAUUUCUUAAAAAUCUUCACUGACCCAUAAUUUAUUACUAUAGUUGAAUCUUUUUCCAUUCCCAGACUUAUCUAUGUUAUCCCUGCUUCCUUAAAUAGUCAUCUUCUCCUAAAAACCCUAUAAUCCCUGAGGCUGCUGCUUCUACCAUCGAAAGGUAAGCCAGUCUCUUUUGGUCAAAUCCGGGGUGUGUUCUCCUUUUUCUUGGUUUUUCGCACUUCCGUGACAUUUGCAUUUUCUUUUAUCUUCUCAUCCCUUCCUCAGCAGUCCUGCUUCUUCCUGUGUAGGUGUUUUUCCUUCUUGUCCCCACUGUAAGAUCUGGCCUUUCACCAGCUCUAUCUCAACAUUCUUCUAGUGGUGAGCUGAUCAGACUAGCUUAAACUUUUCUCUCUCUAACCUCGCUCUAGUGCUAAUUUUUCUCUAAACCUGUCUAGUUACUCUCAUGAAAUGUCAAGGCAGCAUAUCAAGCUGCCCUUGUCACCUUCUUUGCUACUCUGAUGCUUUCAUUUUCUACCCAGAGAAUACACCAUUUUCUCAAGUCACUUAGCCUUGGCACUUCUCAGAUUCUUCACUGUUCCCCACUUUUUAUUUGAUCACCAGUACAAGCUCUUGCUUUUUUUUUUUUUUUGCCAUCAUAUGCAUCCAAAUGUUUUUCUCUUGGGUAUUAUAAGCUCCUUAUCUCCGGUCUCCUGAAAUUUACUCUUCUCAUAGUUCUGAUAUUAGUGUUUCUAAAAUACUACUUUCCUCUUGUUAUUUUCUGCCAAAGACCUCCAUUACUCCCCAUUGUUAAUAAGCUAAUAUUCAAGUCCUUAAGUCAAGAGACUUUCUGCUAACUGCUUCUAUUCCUUCUCUAACCUUUUCUAACCUCAAGAGGAACUAGAAUAUCUUAGCUGCUUCUUCUAAAUGACAUUUUCAUUCUAAACCAUGGGCCCCAUUCAGUUUGCCAACUUAGAAUCCCAUCAUUUCUAUAGAAACCUAACAACCUUAGGACACUUAAAUAGGAAAAAAAUUAAAAUAUACAUGUUGAAUACAUAAGUAUUCUAGUCAAAAAAUUUCUUUAAAAUAUCACAUGGAGCAUUAAAGAGAUGAUUGAAGGACAAAGAGUGAUGAAAAGACUUUAUUAAACACUCAUAUUUGGUUACGAUUUAAAUUUCAAUUGAACAUUUACUUAGAUUUCCAUAGGAGAGAAAAAGACAUGGAGUAUUCUCUCUGUACAAAACUCAUUCAGUAUUGAAUUCACUUGUAUCAGAAGAGUUUCAUAGUUUAAAACUUUUAUAUAUUAUUUAUAGCUAGCAUAUUUUCUUUUCUUCCUAAGCAUAUUUGACUUUUUCUUUAUUUUUUGGUAUGUAAAAAAAUAAUGAUUAAUGAGUUGUUACUAUGUGUUUUCAUUACACAUUGUCAUCUUCCAUGCUUCAUCACAAAUUUUUAAAACAACUUUGUUCUUAAUUAGUUACAUGGGCCCAUUUCCAUGUACUUUAACAGAAUCUUUGACAGUUUUUAUUUUUACCUCCCCUUUGUUAUGAUUAUAUGUCAUAUAAAAAUUUGACAGUCCUUUGCAGGUAGAAAACACCUUUAAAAAACCUAUCUUGUUUAAAUCCUACACAUUAAUGUAGCACUUGUGUUUCAAAGAUAAAGGUAGAUAUCACAGAAACUUCACCCAAAACUGUUCUAUCUGUUCUAAACCAGUGCUUUUUGAAUGCUGGAAUUUUUACAUAAAUCUUACAUUUUCAAAAACCGAUUUCCUGCCUACUCCUUAUAGGGUUAAAACAAUUGCCUUGUCAAUCAAAUGUAUAGUAUGCUAGUAUAAAUAACAUGCCUUGUUUGGCUUAAACAGUUGGUUUGGGAACCUAGCAAAAUAGCAUAUUCUUUCACAUAUUUAAUAAGAUGAGAUUUAUAUUUUGAUUUUGUGAUAAACUGUAUUGGUAAGGUUACCAAAAUCAGUACCAAAUGAUUGGAAUUUACCAAUUUCUCCUUAUUAAAGUGUUUGGUGUGCUGAUAAGUUAUCCAUUUUAUUGCAUUUGUAAAGUCUGCUUUUAGAAAAAUUCUGGGCAUUCUUCUUUUUUUAUGCAUGUUUUAAGUUAUUUGUGUAUGUAGUAAUGAUAUAUAAUUAAUGUAUAUACUCAACUUACACACAACAGUGAUUAUUCAACCCCCGUUUUAUGACAGCUGACUCUUUGAAAAUAAAAAUAAAAAUGAACCAUGUUA